AUGCACGGGCUGUCGGCAAUCUACCUCCCUGCCACAAAUUACAACCGCAUCAUCAACCUCCUCUACAACCCGCCCCUCGGAGCUAUCAACUACCUUCGCUGUGCGCACAUCGUCGUCCUGGAUCAACGCUAUUCGUACAGAACACAAAUCAAUGAUACCCUAUACACUUUCUACAAUAAUCUUUACAUUGAUGGAGGAGGAGAAGAAACCAGAAUGGUUAUUUUAUCUACAAAGGAAGUGAACGAGUCAGAUAUACAUGACAUUUAUUUCGACAUGUUUUCAAUGGGCGACAUAGAUGCAAUUUUUGUAGCUCCAAAGAACAAUGUUUUGACAGUAUACAAUUGGUUUCCGUUUGGAAGAGACGGGUUCGAUUGCCCUGAGAGCAAUAAUGAAGUAGAAGUACUUGAUAAGUGGGAAAAUGGAAGGUUUUCAAAUGGCCGAGCUUUGUUUCCUAAAAAGGUGCCAAAACUCUUUAAAGGAUGCAAGAUGAAGGUAUCAGUGGCUUUAUACGAUCCUUUAAUGGUGCUUGACAAGGAGGGCCGACCUUACGACGGCGUGGAGUAUCGUAUUAUCAAAAUCAUCGCCGAACGGCUGGGACUCGAAAUUGAAUUCGUUUCCCACAACAGAGCUGAUGGGUGGGUAUGGAGCGACGGGAAAACAGUUCACGGUGCCGCUGUGGAUGUGCUGCGAGGUACGGUAUGGAUGAUGGCCAGUGCUGGGACCAACACAGAGCACAGCUACCACUGUACUAUUGUCUCCUCUCCAUACAUGACCGGGGAUAUCGCUUGGUUUUUCCAGGAUCCAGAGGCUGUGCCGACAUGGAAACUUAUAUACAUGGGAUUUGAUGGACUUCUAUGGACGUUAGUCAUCCUCACUAUAAUAAUAUUUGCGUUAGUUAUUUACUUUAUCGCUAAAUUUGACAAAAAUACUAUAUCUUUAGAUAGCAUUUCAUCAUGUAUAUUGGCUUCCUGGAGUUUCAAUUUAGGAACUUCGUCAAUAUCUUUCCCAAGCAGCGACGUCAUUCGCCUGGUAAUUGCUGCCUAUCUCCUGUACACCAUGCAUAUAGACCUAGCCUACACCGGGGCUUUGACAGGACUCAUCACAACAGGAAGGCAAGAGUCCGAGAUCACUAACUACCACCAGAUACUGGAGAAGAAGAUUCGAACUGGAGCGAUGAGCUACCUUAGGUAUCUGUUAAUGUACAUAGACGAUCCCUUGGUUAUGAAAGUAGUGCAUGACAACUUUCAGAUAGAGGAUAUGGAAGAGGCAUUUGAAACCAUGGAAAAAUACAGGAACAUAUCUAUCUUAGACAACAGUAUUUACAUGUUAAACAAGAUCAAGACUAAGAGGUACAAAGUUUAUCAAUCCGAACUUAAUAUUGGCACGUUCUAUUUCGGAAUCGAGAUGAGAAGAAAUCAUUUCUUAGAGGAGAGAAUAGCUAGUUUGUCAAGCAAAAUAUUUGAGAGUGGAAUAUCAGACCAAAUCGUCGACAACUUUACCACCAUCUUGAAGACAUCUCAGAAAAUGAUGAAUUUGAAUGCAUAUACAUUGAAGGAUUUAGCAGGGCCGUUUUUUGCGUUAUUUCUCGGGCAAGCCUUGGCCGUGUUGGUUUUUUUAGGAGAGUUAAUAAACUAUUAUUUACCAAGGUAUUUACACUGA